AAUCUGAUAUGGUGUUAGGGUAAUUGAACAUGGACCGCUACAGGGAUCGUUGCCACCUGAAGUUUUUAGCUUACCUCAGAUCCAGCAAGUGAAACUGAAGAAUAAUGCAUUGAGCGACAAAUUAGAUAUGGGCAGUAACAUUAGCCAGAACCUUCAACUAACUGAUUUGCAGGACAAUGAUAUAUCAUCAGUUACGCUUAGUUCUGAAUACAAAAGUACAUUAAUAUUAAUUGGGAACCCUGUGUGCGAGACUGCACCAGAGAAUGCAGUUUACUGUCAUCUUCAACAGUUGGUUAGACCUUAUUCGACCAGCCUAGCAAAUUGUGGAAACAAAUUGUGUUCCCCUGAAGAAAAAUUGAACCCGCAAAGUUGUGAAUGUGCUUAUCCAUACGAAGGAACGUUAUACUUCAGAGCACCCUCCUUCAGGGAAUUGUCUAACACGAGUGUGUUCCAUUCUCUAGAAAUGAGCCUUUGGUUGAAUCUAGAGCUCUCUCCUGGGUCAGUUUCUCUGCAGAACCCCUUCUUCAACGUUGACGACUAUCUUCAGGUGCAGCUGGAUCUCUUUCCGUCCAAUGCAAAGUAUUUCAAUCGGUCAGAAGUUCAGAGACUUGGUUUUGCAUUAACUAGACAAACUUACAAGCCUCCAAAAGAGUUUGGACCCUACUAUUUUACAGCAGAUUCGUACAUUUUUCGAGAUGAACGCCGGGGAACUCGUGUUAGCUCGGGUGUGAUUGCUGGGAUUGCUACUGGCUGUGCAUUUUUGGUCCUGGUGCUUGCAGGGCUAGCGACAUAUGCUCUACGACAAAAAAGACGUGCUGAACAAGCCAUAUCAUUAAGCAAACCAUUUGCAUCUUGGGCUCCAAGUGGCAAAGAUAGUGGAGGAGCACCACAACUAAAAGGAGCUAGAUGGUUCUCUUAUGAUGAGAUCAAGAGAUGCACAAAUAACUUCUCUCAAAGCAAUGAGAUUGGCUCUGGAGGCUAUGGCAAAGUGUACAGGGGAAUGCUCUCAAGUGGACAAGUAGUUGCAGUCAAAAGAGCUCAACAAGGUUCAAUGCAAGGUGGACUCGAGUUUAAGACUGAAAUCGAGUUGCUUUCACGAGUUCAUCACAAAAACCUUGUUUCCCUUGUGGGAUUUUGCUUUGACCAAGGAGAACAG